AAUUUAUCAUCUUCUACAGCACACAUAAAAGCAAAGAUUCAUCAUUCACACAAACAUAUGUUCGAAGACAACCAUAGAGAGAGAGAGAGAAACAGAUUCAGCAAAUUUUGGUCUCAAGUCACAAUCACCACCGAUUAACAUCACCUCCAGAUCCAAAGUUUGGUCUUAACAAACCAACUUUCAAGUUUCAGAAGAGUAUUUCCACGAUUGAGCUCAGAUUGCUUCAUCUACAUGGUAGAUAUUGACUAACUUAUUGUUAUUAAUGAUUCCAGGUUAAAUGGAGAACAAAAUGAGGAUGAGGAACAAAUACAGGAAACCAACCACUUUACAUUGCUAUGCAGGAAGCAGAUAUAGCAAGUUAUCAAUCGUGGUAUGCAGCCUCAUAGGAUGCCUAAUUAUGUUCCACUUCUACUUCUUGAAUCAAAGUCAACAAAGUCAAACUGGAGUUCCACAAAUGCAAUCAAAUUAUCAUCCAUUAUAUCGUGAACUCAUAGAAGUUGAAGAUGACACCAUUAAAAUCCCACCACCAAGGAAAAGAUCACCACGUGCUAUAAAACGAAAACCUAAAAGGCCAACCACAUUGAUUGAGGAGUUUCUUGAUGAAUCUUCUCAACUUAGAUACUUAUUCUUUCCUGGUGUAAAAACAGCCAUUGAUCCGAUGAAAGAUGGUGGAAAUGAGAGUUUUUAUUAUCAUCCUGGAAGGAUUUGGUUGGAUACUGAUGGGAAUCCUAUUCAAGCUCAUGGAGGUGGGAUUCUGUAUGAUGAUAGAUCAUCAAUGUACUAUUGGUAUGGUGAAUAUAAAGAUGGGCCCACUUAUCAUGCUCACAAAAAGGCUGCAGCCCGGGUUGACAUCAUAGGAGUAGGUUGCUAUUCUUCGAAAGAUCUCUGGAAAUGGAAAAACGAGGGAAUCGUUUUACCCGCAGAACAAACCGACGAAACUCACGAUCUCCACAUUUCCAAUGUUUUAGAACGCCCAAAAGUAAUCUACAACCAAAACACAAACAAAUACAUAAUGUGGAUGCACAUCGACGACACCAACUACACCAAAGCCGCAGUCGGAAUCGCCGUUUCCGAUUCCCCCACCGGCCCCUUCACCUACAUCAAAUCCACCCGACCGCACGAUUCCGAUUCCCGCGACAUGACAAUCUUCAAAGACGAUGACAACACCGCCUAUUUAAUAUAUUCUUCUGACGACAACUCCGAGUUGCACAUCGGGCCCCUCACACAGGACUACCUCGAUGUGACACCCGUUGUCAGACGGGUGCUGGUGGGCCAGCACCGCGAAGCGCCAGCCCUUUUCAAACAUGAAGGUACCUAUUACAUGGUCACUUCGGGUUGUACGGGCUGGGCUCCAAAUGAGGCGCUGGCCCACGCUGCUGAGAAUAUUAUGGGGCCGUGGGAGACUAUGGGGAACCCGUGUGUCGGGGGUAAUAAGGUCUUUCGACUUACGACUUUUUUUGCGCAAAGUACGUUUGUGUUUCCGUUACCCGGGUUUCCGGGUGUUUUUGUGUUUAUGGCGGAUAGAUGGAAUCCGGCGGAUUUGAGGGAUUCAAGAUACGUGUGGCUGCCUUUGUUGGUUGGUGGACCGGUUGACAGACCGCUUGAUUAUUCGUUUGGGUUCCCGUUGUGGCCACGGGUUUCCAUUUAUUGGCAUAAGAGAUGGAGACUUCCGUAUAAAUUGAGUGCGAAGAAAUGAUUUUUUAUUUUUUUUUAUUUUUUUUUACGGGUAUACGGAGUGUUUGUACAUUAUAUAUAUACUGGUGGUAGUAUGUAUUGUUGUGUAUGAGCGUGUGUAAUUAGAGAAAUAAUGUUGAGCAUGUUAGAUUAUGGGAACAAGGUAUUUGUUAGUGAGUCUAGUUUAACAGAAGCAAUUUAUAUGACAAAGCCACAAAAUCAUAUGAA